UCUCCUGCCUCCCAAGAUGGCUGCGCUGCUGCCGGGCCCGGAACCGUGGAACCGCGUGAGGAUCCCUAAGGCGGGGAGCCGCAGCGCAGUGAUCGUACAGGACCCCGGCGCGGCGCUGGCUGUAAUUAAAGAAUGCUGUCUCGUUACACUGUCACUGAAGAGCCAAAUCUUAGAUGCAGAAACAGAUGUAUUAUGUGCAGUCCUUUACAGCAAUCACAACAGAAUGGGCCGCCACAAGCCCCAUUUGGCCCUCAAACAGGUUGAACAAUGUUUAAAACGCUUGAAAAACAUGAAUUUGGAAGGUUCAAUUCAAGAUCUCUCUGAGUCAUUUUCUUCUAAUGAAAAUCAACCUGUAAAUACCAAAGCGUGUGUCAUCCCUAGCCAACCAGUGGUGGAACUGGUGUUGAUGAAGAUUUUGGGAGCCUGCAAGUUGCUACUUCGCUUGUUGGACUGUUGCUGCAAGACAUUUAUCUUGACUGUGAAACAUCUAGGUUUGCAAGAAUUCAUUAUUUUAAACCUUGUGAUGGUUGGGCUGGUGAGCAGGUUAUGGGUUCUCUAUAAAGAUGUUUUAAAAAGGCUGGUUUCUUUAUAUGAGCCAUUGUUUGGAUUACUUCAAGAGGUCUCCAGGAUUCAACCAUUGCCUUACUUCAAAGGUUUUACCUUUCCUUCUGAUAUUGCUGAAUUUUUAGGAGAGCCCUACUUUGAAAUCUUUAAGAAAAAAAUGCCUACAGCUUUUGCAGCUAAAGGAGUAACUAAACUGCUAAAUAAACUAUUUUUAACAAAAGAGCGAUCACAGAGGUCCAGUGAAGAACCAUUACUUGGAAUUUCCAAAAAAGCUAAACAAAUGAAGAUCAAUAUUCAGAAUAAUGUGGAUCUUGGACAGCCAGUAAAGAAUAAGAAAAUCUUAAAAGAAAAGUCAUCAGAAUUUGACGUGAGGGCUUUCUGCAAACAGCUGAAACACAAAGCUUUCAGUUUGCCAAAGAAACUAGAGUGCAUAAAAACAUCAAUUUGCAACUGCCUUCUUCAUGGCUCAGGUAGCAAAACUUUGAAGGAUCAUCUGAGACAAAGAAGAUCACAGAAUAAAUUUUCAUUGAAACGAAGGAAACCACAGAGAAAGUUGCAGUCGACUCUUUUAAAGGAAACCCAGCAGCCCCCUCAAGGGACUCAGAGUGCUACCGAUAUCAUUAAAGGGAGACUCUCACACCCUACAGUUCGUACACCUGAUCUCUACCCUAACAAUAAGCAAGUGUUGAGUAGAAGAGUUUCAAGUCCUGUCAUACAAACUAAGGAGAAACAAAUUCAUGAAAAUCUUAUAGAAAGCAAUGAAAAUGAAACUGAUUCUUGGACAAUGAUGCAAAUAAAUAAACAUAAUACAUCAGGAAUCACUAAGGGGACAGACGACAUUGAUGAUAUUUUUGCUUUAAUGGGAGUUUAGAUGCUCAUAUGUGAGACUUUUAACUGGUUAACCAACUGCUCCAGUGUUCUAAGUAGAACAGCUGAGAUCUGGAAGUACCAUUUGGACUCAGAGGAGCUGCUUAAGUGCAACAUUGUAGAGCAGUUCAUUUUAGUUCAGUAAACACUUGUCAUCGCUUUGUGUCAUUUAACUGACAAAUAUUUGACUAACAGUCAAUUUUUGACUUAAUUAGGACCUGAAUAAUUAGGUUUGCAAAACCUACACUGUGCCUUAGGUAAAUGGGGAGCAGGGGUGGGGAGUAGCAAGGAAUCACCAAAAAGGUCACUUUAGCCUUCAUGGCUCCAUUGUAGGUAAGUGCUCUUCUGAACACCAAGGUUUGUAGCUUUUAACAGUUGUGCCGUUUUCUGUAUGUUAGAAUUAUCAUCGAGGUUUUGCCACUAUUACCAGGGAGUGGUCACAACCAUUAUUUCACUUCAUUUGUUAACCUUACCGCAUAGGAGGGCAUAUUAAAAUGCUUUUGGAGUUCUACAAA